UGUACGCAUCUUUGACGUUGCGCUGCCGUCAUCGGGAUGUAAAUAACUUCGCAAAAAACCCAAGGGCUGCUCGGAAGAAUUUUGGGAGUGAUCGAGGAAAAGGAUGAUCGUCGAUAUUCACCCCUUAACCCACGAUCCAACGUCGGCAUGGAAGGAGUUGUCGAAAUCUCAACGAGUGAUCAAAAUCAACACGAAACCUCCGGCGGCCGACGUACCAGCGAAUAAAGUGCGGGUCGUCUGCAUGUCCGACACGCACUCUCUGACGCACCACAUCAAGUUCGACAUCCCGGACGGCGAUAUCUUUAUCCAUGCGGGUGAUUUUACGCGCUGUGGCAAACUGGAUGAGGUGCUGGAUUUCAACGAGUGGCUCUCUAAACUUCCCCACAAACACAAGCUGGUGAUAGCGGGGAACCACGAACUCAGCUUCGACCACACCUUCACCCAUCCAUUCCAGAAUGCGAGUGCCUGUUGCAAGAAGACGGGCAAUACGCUGCUGGACGAAAUCCCUACACUCGGGAACUCCAAGGAGAGUCUGGCGGAAGCGGUCAAAACGCAAAACAUUCGACAGUAUCUCAGCAACUGCACGUAUCUGCAGGACGAGUGCGUGGAGCUGUUCGGGUUGAAGAUCUACGGCACACCCUGGCAACCGGAGUUCUGCAAGUGGGCGUUUAACGUGAAGCGUGGCAAGGACUGCCUCGAAAAGUGGGAACAGAUACCGGAAAAUGUCGAUAUACUCAUCACCCACACGCCACCCGUCGGUCACGGGGAUCUGUGCUGCUCGGGAGUGAGGGCGGGCUGCGUGGAGCUGCUAACGUCGGUACAACAACGGGUCAAACCAAAGUACCACGUGUUUGGCCACGUGCACGAAGGCUACGGUAUUACGUCGGACGGCAAGAUCAUUUUCGUGAAUGCAUCCACCUGUGACAUAAACUAUUUACCCAAUAACCAGCCCAUCGUGUUCGAUGUGACGCUACCGAAGGGACGCACUAAGGAGGAUUAGAAAGUCGAACAUUCGUUCUGAUCCGGGCCACCAAUCGUGCCAUACCGCCAUGACCAUACACUUUCGCCCUCAUUCUAGCGCGUUUAGUUUACUCAUUAGCAGUACGGAAAGCUCAAAUAAGGUCGCCAGCAACUGUGUACCUCAUCGAGCGCAUAGUUGGUCGACCUUAUCAGGAAUCAGUCACAAUUGCAGGGAACACACAAGUAUUGAUUCUUGAUAGUGAUAGAGUAGAGUAGCUCCUUAAGAAUCCUUAAGGAUUCAAACCACGUUUCUCACGGACCGCCACAUGAGAGGCCUUACCGUCUUGUAACACAACAAACAUCGAAAGUCUAAGGUUGCACUAAGUUAGGGCCCUGCCGUGGUUAUCUAUUCAAAGGACGUAUUCACUAAGGUGCACGAUUGGUUGGAUGGUGGGUUUUUUGUGUGUGUAUAUAUAGGUUUUAAUUGGCCAAGUAUCAAAAUCGUAAAAGUAUACACGGAAUAGCUGUGUUUUGCUCAAAAAAUUCUUUUCAAAUGAUUUACAAUGACCGUAAGCAUCAAAGGGAAUGAUAUUUGCUUUAGCUUCAAAAGUGUAAUGAGUAGUGGUGUGCAAAACAACAUGCUAGCAAGUCUGCACGACAAUUCCGGUGAAAGGAUGGCUUUCAAAAAUGCUAUCUCUUCUAUAGACUUAGAGCAGCUAGUAGUAGAAACAUGGUUUCUCGUUAAGCUUUUGCCAAACCAAAGAGUGUUGCGUCUUGCACCAUGACUUCUAUCCAGUAGCCUAAUAAGUACUUAUGAAGCGCGAUGGACGUUUUCAGGCGGUGAUGGCUUUGCUUUGGAUGCUCGGGAUGCUACAGAACUUACUACAAUACUUCCUUUUGGAAAUAGAAAGGUUAAAAUGUUUUGUGAUUUAUGUUUUAAGAACACAUCUACCAGUGGGUCGUAAAUAGUCCCCCCAACGUAGCCCAUUUUAUGUGCAUCAUAAUUAGGGGUCAUUAUCAAUAGUUUCGUCUAAUAAAGCAACUGUUUCCACCUUUAAAAAAAUGUGCGAAUCGAGCGAAGGAAGUUAUGGUCGUUGUCAUCAAAAAAUAG